AUGGCAAACACGUGGUACUUUGUGACGGAUGACCUGAUCGCAUCAAUGAACAAUGUCACGUGCUGGCCAGAUGCACUGUCAGCUGUCAAGCAGGCCAUCAAAGGCGGGGGCCGCAAGCUCGGACUGGAUUGGUCCAACAAGAAGUCCAAGCCGAAGCCGGCGUUGAAAUCGGCCGGCCUCUUGACUGGGCGGGAGUUCAAGCUGGUCAGUGUCACGUUGUUGCAUGGACUGCAGUGGUGUGUGGAGCACGACUGUGUCACGUGCUCGGACCAGAGUUUGGUGAUUCGCCACUUUCACGUGCUGCGCACCCCAUGGGCAAGCAUCGAGCUGCACCGGGUGAAGCUAAGUGUUUCGCACACGGCAGCCUGUGCACCGGAGGAGCAGCCUGAGGACAGGGUCACUGAGGAGCCGGCUUUCGCGUGGUAUGCUCCGAGCUGUCCGAGCACAGCCGGCGUGUUGGGUCAGUGUCUCCGCAGGCACAUGCUGCCAGGAAAGAAGCUGCUAUGUGUGGACGAAAGCGCAGUGUCAAUGCUGAGCAACAUUGAUACUCUGGGCAUCCUCAUGUGGGUCUUGGAUGGAGAGGUUCCCUUGACUCCGCCGAAGAGGUACCGUGUCUACGUCUUCCAGGCGACACGACCGGUGGGUGAGUUCGUGAACAAUGUUCACAGCCUCAUCACUGACUUCUGGUCUGCGUCACUUGAAACCCUGCCUGUUCCGAAGCUGGAGUGCCACGUGACUGUCACCUUGAGCUGGUUGGGCAAGAUAGGGAACGAUGAGCUCCGAAAUGAUGUGAUCAAAGAGCAGCGCGAGAUGCGCCUCAGAGAGCUCAAAAACGCUGCCCUGAGUCACUUGGAGGACUUGGAUGUGGACCUCGAGUCACUGUUCGAGGAGUACAGUGACGUCUUCAAGGAGGAUCAAGUGGACAAGAUCCAUGAGGCAGUGCAGACUGCGAAGCGACGUAUCUCCGUUGCGACGCUGCACAAUGGCCCCGUCAUUGAUGGGGACAAUGCUAAGAAGUUAAAAAUCACUCGGAGUCACGACUCCGACAUGACUGAGACAGUGGAUGACGACGGGAUGAAUGAGCCUGAGGACUUGCAGCUGAAAUCGUGCAAUCAGUGUCGCUGGGCCAAACAUGGCGAGAACUGGAAGACAAAAUGCGACUGGGUCACGUAUUUGGAAGUCGCACCGGCCGGACCGUGGGGUAUAGGCUGCAAAAUAUGCGCUGAUCUGUACAAGUCGGAAACCUGCGUCACAUGGCAAGACGACGCCGUUCAUGUUGCAUACGACAUGGCCCCAGCGUUCAUUCUCAGUGAGUCAGUGUCGCGUGCAUUCUAG